AAGCAAUCGAUAUCUCCAAAGCAAAAAAAAAAGGAAAACCCUAGAACAGUAGAUACAAGAAAACUCUCGUCUGUUAAAGCUUUCCUCUGUUUACCUUCGGAGUCAAUCUUGAUUCCGAUGGGACUCGAAUCGGGUUUUGGAGCGUUUGGGUGAAGACAUGGAGAAACUAAUGACUGAAUCAGGUUUGAAACCAGUUGUUAUUGAUUCGAAUCAAGAUUUAUCUCGUGUAUAUUGUGGGAUCUGCUCUAAUAUUGGUGAUGACGAUUAUGAUGGUGAUGCUGUUGUUGUUGAUGGUGAUUUGAUCUCCACGCCUUUUUGUUCUCACAAGUUCUGCAAAGCUUGUUGGAGCAAGUAUCUUAAGAAAAAUUUCUUCUCUGUGGAGAAAAACCACACUGCAAUCUCUUGUCCUGAUCGAGAUUGUCGAGCUGCUGUUGGACCGGAGACGGUUGAGAAGCUAACCGUACGUGAUCAAGCGAUGUACGAGUUGUAUAUUCUGAAAUCUUACCGUGAGAAAUACCUGGGAUGGAAGCUCAAACUGUGUCCUGCACGGGGUUGCAAUUACGUGAUUGAGUUUCAUCUGGCAAGUGAAGAUGAAGAGCAUAGCUUAAACAUUGUGUGUCUCUGUGGUCAUAUCUUCUGUUGGAGAUGCAUGCUUGAGUCACACAGACCAGUGACCUGCAACAACGCUUCUGAUUGGUUGUCUAGAGACUUGGAGAAAUUGAUAGAAGAAGUAGACAAGCCAUCGACCGUCUCCUGGAUUGAUGCCAAUACCAAGCCUUGCCCUCAUUGCUUUAUUCCUGUGGAGAUUGAUGGUGAACGACCAUGGGCCCAGUUCUUGACUUGUGUCUGCAGCGGUCGUUUCUGUUGGAAGUGUUUUCGGUCACCGGAAACUCACGGAACCUCAGGAUCCUGUUUGGCACCGGCGCGUUCGAGCAAUGUUGGUUUCAAUCAUUGGAACAGAGCAAAACCGGGGAUUUCGUGUUUGGAUCUCUGGAAUGCGAGUCAAGUGAAUCUGGUGAACGCUAAAUACGAGCUAGAAGCUUUCGAGGAAUCCAUAAUCAAGAAACCUAGUGACUUGAAGGAGCAAGACGUUAAGGUACUAAGGGAAGGACUGAUGCUCAUUGUUCAGUGCAGACAGUUCCUCAAAUGGAGCUGUGCGUACGACUAUAUCCACACAGAGUAUGAUAUGGCGAAGAGAGAGUACCUGCGAUUCCUCCAACAAAACGCGUCUGGCAUUGUCCAUAGUUUCUCACAGAGUAUAAAGGAGGAAACAGAAGCCAAAGAGCUUACUUGCGGUAAGCUAUUGAGCGAGACAACCAACAUUGGGAACUUCUUUUAUCAUUUCAUCAAGACUUUACGAGAAGGUUUGCCCGAGGUACAGGCGGAGUCGUACGACAACUAUGGUGGUCCUUACUGGUUGUGCGAUCGCUGCACAUAUGGAAACUCUUGGUUCCAGAGGGCCUGUAAGAUGUGCUGUGAUCCUACUGCGUCUAAGAUGGACGAGCUAAGUGAUUGAUCGCUUAACUAGGUUUCUUAAAGAUAAAACAAAAGGUUCUAGGAGACAGAGUAACCUUGCAACUCUUUAAGUUCUGUUUUUUUUUUUGCUUUCUUUCUUUCUUUCUUUCUGCAGUUUUAUAUUGGACUACCAACUUUCAAUGUCGAAUUGACUUUUUCUUUCUUUCCUGAUAGUUCACAGUUACAAUGCUUUGUGACAAGCAACGUUUGGCUCUGAUGUUCUCAGACUCCAUAAGAAAAUAUGUGGUCCUGUUGUUGUCUUUUUUCAUCCCUCGCUCUACUACUGUAGUUUUGCUCUCAGGAACUAAAAGCCCUGAAGAUGGACUAAAACAGAAGAUGAAGAGCACUGCUUUUACAUCUGAAGAUCCCAAAUUUCUUGUCAACUGAUAAAGAACUUUGUUCUUUAGACUUAUAAAUUGUGUUUUCAAAUGUUCAUUAGUCAUCAGAAUAAUUUCUAUCUUUUUAUUUACUUGCUCUUGGUAAAAUAAAUUAUCAUAGUCGAAAUUAGAGCCCCUUGGCCUUUUUUAAUACACUCUUGAUCAAUCAAAACCAUGUAGUUAGUAGAAAACGUCUGGUUUAACAGGGAUUUCAUUU